UGCUGUACUAGCUGUGAAGAUAAUGCCCCAGCCACUAGCUAUUGUGUGGAGUGCUCUGAGCCACUGUGUGAGACCUGUGUGGAGGCCCACCAGCGGGUGAAGUAUACCAAGGACCACACUGUGCGCUCCACAGGGCCUGCUAAGACUCCAGAUGGUGAGCGCACAGUCUAUUGUAGCGUCCACAAGCACGAACCCCUUGUGCUCUUCUGUGAGAGCUGUGACACUCUGACCUGCCGGGACUGCCAGCUCAACGCUCACAAGGACCAUCAGUACCAGUUUUUGGAAGAUGCAGUGCGGAACCAGCGUAAACUCUUGGCCUCUCUGGUGAAGCGCCUGGGGGACAAACAUGCCACACUGCAGAAGAACACCAAGGAGGUUCGCAGCUCUAUCCGCCAGGUCUCUGACGUGCAGAAGCGUGUGCAGGUCGAUGUCAAGAUGGCCAUUCUGCAGAUCAUGAAGGAGCUGAACAAACGGGGCCGGGUUCUGGUCAAUGAUGCCCAGAAAGUGACAGAGGGGCAGCAGGAGCGCCUGGAGCGCCAGCACUGGACCAUGACCAAAAUCCAGAAGCAUCAGGAACACUUUUUGCGAUUUGCUUCUUGGGCUCUGGAGAGUGAUAACAAUACAGCCCUCUUGCUGUCUAAGAAGCUGAUCUAUUUCCAGCUGCACCGCGCUCUCAAAAUGAUUGUGGACCCCGUGGAACCUCAUGGGGAGAUGAAGUUUCAGUGGGAUCUCAAUGCCUGGACCAAGAGUGCAGAAGCUUUUGGUAAGAUCGUGGCUGAGCGUCCUGGUACAAACUCCACAGGUCCUGGGCCCAUGGCUCCUCCAAGAGCGCCAAAGCCAGGCAAGCAAGGCUCUGGUGUCAGCCAGCCCAUGGAAGUACAAGAGGGCUAUGGCUUUGGGUCGGAUGAUCCAUACUCCAGCGCAGAGCCGCAUGUGUCUGGCAUGAAGCGGUCCCGCUCUGGUGAGGGGGAGGUAAGUGGCCUCAUGCGGAAGGUGCCGCGUGUGAGCCUUGAACGUCUGGAUCUGGAUCUCACUGCUGAUAGCCAGCCACCAGUCUUCAAGGUCUUUCCUGGCAGCACCACUGAGGACUACAAUCUGAUUGUUAUUGAGCGUGGUGCUGCUGCAGCAGCUGCUGGUCAGACUGGAACAGUGCCUCCAGGAGCUCCUGGUGCCCUACCGUUGCCUGGCAUGGCUAUUGUCAAGGAAGAAGAGACAGAAGCUGCUAUUGGAGCGCCACCUGCUGCCACUGAGGGUCCUGAGACCAAGCCCGUAUUGAUGGCUCUGGCUGAAGGCCCUGGUGCUGAGGGACCCCGUCUGGCUUCACCUAGUGGCAGUACCAGCUCAGGCCUGGAAGUGGUGGCUCCUGAGGGUACCUCAGCCCCUGUAGGUGGACCAGGUGUCCUGGAUGACAGUGCCACUAUCUGUCGUGUCUGCCAGAAGCCAGGUGACCUGGUCAUGUGCAACCAGUGCGAGUUUUGCUUUCACCUGGAUUGCCACCUCCCUGCCCUGCAGGACGUGCCAGGGGAGGAGUGGAGUUGCUCACUCUGCCAUGUGCUCCCUGACCUAAAGGAAGAAGAUGGAAGCCUUAGCCUGGAUGGAGCAGAUAGCACUGGUGUGGUAGCCAAGCUCUCAAAAUGUGAGCGUGUUCUUCUGGCCCUCUUCUGCCACCAGCCCUGUCCUCCCUUGCACCAGCUGGCUACUGAUUCUACAUUCUCCAUG